GGUCGUUGGCCUCAUUCGAGUCGUUGCGCCGGCCGUAGGCGGACGUGGAGCUCCUUGCGCCCCGUUUCCUGCUCCCUUUCUCCUCUCCGCGCGCCGGCAGGAUGGCCCACAAGCAGAUCUACUAUUCGGACAAGUACUUCGACGAGCACUACGAGUACCGGCAUGUCAUGUUACCUAGAGAACUCUCCAAACAAGUACCGAAAACUCACCUGAUGUCUGAAGAGGAGUGGAGGAGACUUGGUGUCCAACAGAGUCUUGGUUGGGUGCAUUACAUGAUCCAUGAGCCAGAACCGCAUAUUCUUCUCUUUAGACGACCUCUUCCAAAAGAACAACAAAAAUGAAGUACAGCUGGGAUCACCUAAUCUUUUUGAAAUUAAAUGUAUAUGUGUAUAUAAGGGUAGUAUUCAGUGAAUACUUGAAAAUGUACAAAUCUCUCAUCCAUACCUGCGCAUGAGCUGUAUUCUUCACAGCAACAGAGCUCAGUUAAAUGCAACUGCAAGUAGGUUAUUUUAAGUUGUUAAAGAUAAAUUUUCUUGUAGUUUUUUUUCUUAAUAUAAGUAGCACCUGUUUUACUUUAUCUGUUACUUUGUUAAAUAAAGUUUGUAU